AUGAGCGCUAUGCUCCUUCUUGACCUCGGUGUUAUUGAAGAUGUUGGUUAUAUCCACGAACGAGAUGGCAUGCAACAGAAGCUGGACACCAGCAUCUGGGUGGGCAUCAACGAGGGCCUCUUGCGUCGCACCCUGUGCUUUUCAAUCUUGCAGCAACGAGCCGAUGCGCCAUCGACACUCUCCGCCACGCAGAUAAUCACGGGCAUCCCCGUACCUCAGCCUGAGAAUUCGCAGUUGUUGCAAGACGCUCGAUUUUCUGGUCUCUUUACCACCACUGGGCGCACAGCGACCGGCAGUGGCGAGGGGAAUAGCUCGGCUGGGUCUAAGGAUAUUCAGGCAUUGUUGCUGCUGCUUCGAUCGAAAUCCCCGGAUCAUGCAGCGCAGCUUGCAGCGACUGUAGAGGUAGUCAAUAAGUGCUUUGUGAGAGUCCUUCGACUUUCGGAGCCUAUAGAUACCGGACGGCCUCUCUCGGUUUACGGCAUUGAUUCUUUGGCUGCCGUGGAAGUCCGAAACUGGCUUCGAGUUGAACUUGGGGCUUUGGUAACUACAUUGGAUAUUCUGAACGCUUCAUCGUUGAUUGCUCUGUGCGAGAAGGUUGUAUCGAAAGUGGUCGCUUCAUAG